AUGCUGGCGAGACACUGGUUGGUAUUGGCUCCCAUCUAUGCCAAGCUGAUCAGGUUGUUGCCCAAGUCUUGGUGGGAUGACUGGCUAGAUCUCAUGAUUCCCGAUGCCGCCUACCGACUAGACAGAAAGCGUUAUACACGCCAUGGCGACACGUUUGCCUUGGUGUCUCCCGGUGCCAUUAUGAUCCAGACAGCCAAUGCCGACGUGAUUCGACAAAUAAUUACACAGCGAGAAAAAUUCCCCAAGCCAUGUCAAAUUUAUCGCAUGCUGAGAUUGUUCGGCGAAAACGUUGUCACGACCGAAGGGAACGUGUGGAAAGCUCAUCGCAAGGCCACGUCGCCAAGCUUCAAUGAGAAGAACUCUGCCCUGGUCUUUCGCGAAAUCAUCGAGCAGACCAAGGGCAUGAUGGGCACCUGGGUAGACGACUUGGGCAACAGGAGUGAGCCCCUGACAACCAUCUCGGCUGAUAUUACGCGACUCACCAUCAACGUCAUUAGCUAUGUUGGGUUCGGACUACGACUUCUCUGGCCGGGUCAAGAUUUGCCACCUGGCGUAGACGUCGCCGCUGCAAAGUACGCUUCACUAGACCCGCCUCCUGGCUACUCAUUCUCGUUCGUGGACACCCUAGUUCGGCUACUGAACGACAUCCUCAUCGUCCUAUUGUUACCUUCCUGGCUGCUUAAAUUAUCCCCGUGGAAGGGCCCACGGCUCGCUGCGGCAGCAUACCAGGACUACGUCCGAUACUCGAAUGAGAUGAUGAACGAAAAAAUGCGUGGUGUAGAAAAUGGAACACAGACCGAAGAGGGCAUGGAUUUCAUGGGCGCGCUGAUCAAGGGUUCGUACGGCUUGGAUGCAAAGGGGACUGCUGGGAAUGUUGGAAGAACACGGGUGCUCAACCGGGAUGAGAUUCUUGGGAAUGCAUUCAUCAUGUUUGUGGCAGGUCACGAGACUUCGGCAAACACCAUUCAUUUCACUCUCAUCAACCUGGCCACGAACCCAGCGGCUCAACGAUUGAUCCAUAAAGACGUUGACGAAUUGGUCGGGAAUUCGGACCCUUCGACGUGGGAUUACGAAAGAUUGAUUGGGCCCAUGACAGGCAGCGCGAUCGCGGCGUGUAUGAACGAGACUCUUCGGCUUAUUCCGCCUGGACCUGCCAUCCCCAAGCAGGUAUCCCGGGAUCGUGAUCAGGUGGUCAACGUUGAUGGAGUGGAAUGCCUACUCCCCAAGGGAAGCUUGGUUAUGCUCCAAGUCUUGAAGGCUCACGAAGACGCUCGCCAUUGGCCUUGCGAGGAGAGUCGGUUGACUCCCGGACAAGACGACCUACGAGACUACAAGCCAGAGCGGUGGUUUGAGACGACGCCCGGUCCCCGGCGCCAAGGGAAGACGGACGAGACGGACGAGAAAGGGACGCGCUGGACAGAGUCGUCCGACGGCUUCGACGGCGGCGACGACGAAAGCGACGAGGGCAUCGACCGGAAACCCGACAGCAGCGUGCGCUUCUUCCGCCCCCGUCGCGGAGCCUAUCUCCCCUUCAGCGACGGGGCCCGAUCCUGCAUCGGACGACGAGUCGCGCAGGUUGAAAUCAUGACAUUUCUCACGGUUCUGUUCCAACGGUACAGCCUCGAGCUAGCAGUGGACCAAUGGGCCAGCGAAGAAGAAGUACAAAGAAUGAGCAGGGACGCCAGAGCGGAGGUAUACCGCACGGCGCAGGCACGUAGCAGGAGGACGCUGGCGGAGGCCAAGUCGGUGAUCACGUUGGGCCUGCAGGGCAAGACAGUCCCCAUGCGGCUCGUCAAGAGGGGAGAAGAAAAGUUCAUCAACUGGAUGUCGGAUGCGUAG